CGUACUGCAAGCUGGUGCGCAUGCGCUUUCCUGCUGCUCUGCCGCCAGCGCUCAGGCGCUUUUUGCUCUAGUGUCUUCUUUUUCCACGCAAGAGUGGGCUAACUCGUAGUUGUGGUCUCGCUCCUCGCGUUUCCGCUGCUCUCGUGGUCCCCUCACGAUGGCGGGCAUCCUGUUUGAGGACAUUUUCGAUGUGAAAGACAUUGACCCGGAAGGCAAGAAGUUUGACCGAGUGUCUCGACUGCAUUGUGAGAGCGAAUCUUUCAAGAUGGACCUCAUCUUAGAUGUAAACAUUCAGAUUUACCCUGUGGACCUGGGUGACAAGUUCCGGUUGGUCAUAGCUAGUACCUUGUAUGAAGACGGGACCCUGGAUGAUGGGGAAUACAACCCUACAGAUGACAGGCCUUCCCGGGCUGACCAGUUUGAGUAUGUAAUGUAUGGGAAGGUAUACAGGAUCGAGGGAGACGAAACAUCUACAGAAGCAGCCACACGCCUGCUGGGCUGGAGAGCUGCUGAGUGCUGGCUGCUCCAGACCUCAGCCUCACGGGCCUGGGACCUUCUGUUUCAGCUCUGCCUAUGUGUCCUAUGGGGGCCUUCUCAUGAGGCUGCAGGGGGAUGCCAACAACCUGCAUGGAUUCGAAGUGGAUUCCAGAGUGUAUCUGCUGAUGAAGAAGCUGGCCUUCUGAACCUCGUGGGAAGCCAGGCUUGCUGCUCACUCCUGAGGUCGUGGACGGUGUGGACGGUGUGCAAGCCUGCGCAGCCGUGGCUGCUGUCCGCCCGUUCGGGAAGGGCUGGCCCUGUCUACUCUGGGUGCAUCUUUAGCUGCUCUGGACUCACUGAGAAACAGCCUUGCCUGUGAAGGACCCGGGGGACAGUGUAACAUGAAUCAGAAGUUGCUUUGUGUAUAUUUUUUAAUUAAACUACUUUUUCAGAAUCUCCCCUCCCCUUUGUUUAAAACAAAAUUUCCACUGACUUUAAAAUCAUUCUUUCAAGUA